ACUUGUGUUAUGCUCCAUUAUUUAUCGGAGGUCCAAUCAUAACUUUUAACGACUACAUGUAUCAGUCAAAUUAUCAUCCGGCUCUGUCUACAAAGGACUUGAAACGAAUCUUGGUGUACGGGGCUCGUCUCAUGUUUUGCGUUUUGGUUAUGGAGUUUCUCUUGCACUUCAUGUACGUGGUAGCCGUAUCAAAAACAAAAGCAUGGGAGGGCGAUACUCCAUUUCAACUUUCGAUGUUGGGAAUGUUUAACCUCAAUAUAAUCUGGCUUAAACUUCUUAUACCAUGGCGCUUGUUUCGCUUUUGGAGUUUACUUGAUGGUAUUGACCCCCCCGAGAACAUGAUUCGUUGCAUGGAUAACAACUACUCUGCUGUGUCUUUCUGGAGAUCAUGGCACCGCUCCUUCAACAAGUGGGUCCUUCGAUACAUUUACAUACCAAUGGGUGGCGCUGGUGCAGGCACUGGCGGAUAUACAUCUAGGGUUGUCAAUUCAUUAGUGGUGUUCAGUUUUGUUGCAAUUUGGCAUGACAUUGAACUAAAGCUCUUGAUGUGGGGAUGGUUGGUUGUUCUCUUCUUGCUCCCGGAAAUCUUUGCCACUUCUUAUUUCAAGAGGUACAGCAAUAACUCAUGGUAUAGGCAUUUGUGUGCAAUUGGUGCUGUUGUGAACAUUUGGAUGAUGAUGAUUGCAAAUUUGUACGGAUUCUGCUUGGGUCAUGAUGGAACAAUUGCUCUUCUACGUGCCUUUUUUGGUACUUCAAAUGGUUUGAUUUACUUGGUCUUGUCUUCCGGGGCGCUUUUUGUUGGCGCCCAAGUAAUGUUUGAAAUAAGAGAAGCCGAAAAACGCAGGGGAGUGGAUGUCAAAUGUUAGACUCUAGUAAGUAGACGAAAGAAGCACGGUAAAAUACUUGAGGUAGCCAGGGGUUGCAGUUGUAGCAAAAUCGUGAAUUCGUCAAUUGCUUAAUUAAGAAGGUUAUCAAUACUGGAUGUGAGGUAGCCCCAACCGAUUAAACUUGUUUCCAACUUUCAUACUUUUUUACUCACCAGAAAGAUCGGGAAAAAAAUAAGCAAAAUAACAAAUUAAGUCUCAGAUAUGCUUCAUGUUAUAAUUCUCCGAAAGGACAUGUCACCUGCGGAACCUUUUAGGCAGCACUAGUCGCGGGAG